AUGAAUAGAACCUGCAGUAUCAAGGCUGACUUGAAAAACGGGCUGACUCCUGAACUCAUCUGCCGAGCUCUGGAAACCGAGAACGACGCAGACCUGUUCAUCCAAGGGUUUAGCCCACCAACAAGUACGGCACAAGAGGGCCUACGCAGCACAUCUCCAGCAACUCCUCGUCAACCUCUGACUAACAGUGUUAUGCUUCACAGCGCAACGGGCGCUCCACCUUUGGCAAUGAUGGCUCGGUGGUUAUUCGGAAUGUCAAUGCUUCGAUUGGUACUGAAUGAGAUUAUUUGGAGCGGUGCUCCAAUGUACGACGGCCACCCUGAGACCCUGCAGAGAAUGUACCAAGUCAGCGGUGGACUUCAUGGAAAAACCGUUAGUGAGCACUUUCAGUCACAUCUAGCGGCAUAUGCUGUAGGGAAGAUCAGUCAAAUUUCCAGACAAGUUCUCGCUUUUGCACCCAGGUUCCUGAAUGCAGAGGAUCUGGUUCCUCACUUUACCAAAAUGGCUCGCUGCAUAGUUCUACCUCUGGCAUUUAUUCAGAGUAGCCCUUGCUGUCCGCCGGACAUUUAUCAAGAAGCCAAGGACCUACUUAUGAGAUUCGAAAGCGACAUUGAAUCAUCGCAAGGCCAAUUUGCAGCAACCGUUCUUUAUACCUCAAGGCUAGCAGGGGAGUGGUAA